GUAAACUUGGGUUCUUGGGCACGUUAGACGUAUACGUCCGCACGGCGAGCAAAUACGACGACUGUAGAGUCCUGCGGGUGCCUGCACUGAGGCUGUCAGUGAAGUUGGGUUGGCAGUGUGUUGCCGACCCGCGCGACCAUCACGCCGUAGCGCCUUGUGGGCCCACAAGACUACCUGAAUACUCCAGUAAUCAGGAACACGAUUCGUACAGAGCCUUUCGUUCCCAAGGUCUCGACCUACACCUCAGUAUGGAGACGAAACCGGUGGACAAGGAUGGUAGUGGUCCAGUCCUCUUAUUAUACGGAAGCACUCUAAGGUGGUUCGAGAGCCUUAAAUUGAUCCUGUCGGGUAUAACGCGCCCGACCCGGCGCGGGCGCAUCUUCAAGAACGUGCGGCCGCGCAAACCGCAGUUGUCGCGGCACUACCGCAACGUUAGCGUGUCUGUCACUCUACACAACUUACAGGUGUUCUACUGGUCUUCAUCGUCCCUCCAACGUGGUAUCGAGAUGUUAGGGGUCCGCGUCACCUGCGGCUCCAAACACAAGCUCUCUCUGGUGGCCACCAACGACGGCUUGGUCAGAAGGCCGCGGGCCAACUGGACUACAGUCUAUAUGAACUGUGAUCUCAAUGACGCUGAGAUAUGGCUGAAGACCUUGGCUGCCGAGGAGAAGGAAGGUGACGAGUACAGCCAGCUGAGCCCGUGCGUGAUGGAGAAGUGCUACUGCCUGUCGGUGCGGCGCGUGUCGUACGGGCGCGAGGCGGGCGCCAGCGCGGGCGCGCCGCCCACGCACCGCCUCGCCGUGCACGACCUGCGCGGCGCCUGGACCAAGCUCAACCGCGACCUGGCCUUCGGCCUCAUCGACACCUACAUCAAGACCCAGCAAUUGAAGAAGAAUCUGUCAACAAAAGCUCUAAAGGAAGAAGAACAACCUAACACAUCACCGAAGAACCAACGCGAAGCCGACGUUAUAUCACCGCCGCCACCCGCCGCUGCGCAGGGUGGAGGUGGGCCCGGGGGCGGCGGCAUGCUGGCGGCGCUGGUGGCGGAGGCGGGCGGGUCGGCGCCGGUGGUGUUCAGCGACGAGCUGGGCGGCAGCGACGAGCACGCGCCCGCGCCGCACCCGCCGCACGUGCGACACGUGCUCGACGACGACAACUCGCACACCGCCUGCCUCAUCGAGCUGGUGAACUCCCAGGUGGUACUGAAGGGCUGCGAGACGCGCGGCUACGUGAUCCUGUGCGCGGCGCGGGCCGAGGUGCGGCAGCGCGUGCGGCGCCAGCCCGCAGCCGCCGCGUGGUCCGGCGCGCUCUCCGCCAUGCAGUACUACGCCACUGUCAGCGCCGCCGACAGGGACCAGCUAGACGAGAACAUCCAGUGGGUGUCGGUGGAGGAGAUCUCGGAGCGCUGGCAGAGCGCGGAGAUCAGCGCGCUGCCCGACGUGCCGCGCCUGGUGGGGAGCGGCCACUCGGCCGGCGGCGUCAUCGGCCGCUGCGUGGGGCCCAGCGCCGACACCGGCCUCGCGCAGCUCCAACGCAUAGUAUCGCGGUGUGCGUGCGAGUUCUACUACGUGUCGCACGAAGAGGCCGAGCCCGUGGGGGGGCAGGGCACGGGCUGGACUCAGCAACAGCCCUACGAUUCAUUUACACUCAUGCACCACGACCUGAAUGUGUGCACUAACUCACUACAGUACGCUAUGUUGCUCGACGUGGUGAACAACGUAGUUCUCCACGUGGAGCCGGAGCGACGUCGCACGCUGGAGAGGCGGGCUCGUAUGCGGUUUCAGUUGCAGCUUCACCAGGAUCAAGACCCAAGGCAACUUAUACAUAAGUUGCAGACACAGGUGAGAGAGUCUCUUGCAAGACUUCGUCGGUUGGAGAAGGAAUACUACCUGAAGAAUAGAUCGAUGACCGGCAACGAUCCAGCUGCCUUGGAUGAGCUCAAGAGUCUUGAUGAUCAGGUGAACGAGUGCAAGGAGUCGGUGUGGUCGCUGGGCGAGGAGCUGGACGCGAUGGUGCGCGCGUGGCGCGAGGCGGAGGAGUGGCGCGGCGCGGCCGCGGCGCCGCACGUGCGCAGCGCCCACGCCGCGCCGCACCGCUACAACGAGAUCUGCUUCAAGAGUGCGCGCUGGCGCCUCACCGACGCAGACGGACAGCUCGGCAUCGCCGACCUGCUGCUCACCAACUUCUUAUACACGAAGACAUCAAGAUCAGAUGACUCGGUGGAACAUCAGCUUGAACUUGGAUACGUUAGAGUGAAGAAUCUGCUACCGAACGAGCCUUUUCCUGAGGUGUUGGUCCCGCAGGAGCCGUCAGGGCGCGCGCCCCUGGCCCGUCGCGCGGCGCUGCGCGUGUUCUGCCGCGACCGCCCGCCCGUGGGCGGCAUCGCUGUCAAGGAGCACUUCGAAGUCAACAUCGUCCCCAUACGGAUAGGUCUAACCAAGAAGUUCUUCAACACUAUGCUCAAGUUUUGCUUCCCUGAGCGCGACCCUGACUCCAUAGAAGACGGCGAAGAAGACAACGAAGGCACCUUAAAGGCGGGAGCGUCAUCAUCCAGUCUGGUGUCGACAGGCUCCAAGAAGGUUAAGAAAAAAGGGAAGGAUUCAAAUUCGAACUUCUACGUGAAGAGGGAUAAGAAGGACAAAGAUGAUGUUGAGAAGAUGAAGGAGCGAGCUGAGAAGAACAAGCUGUUCAUCUACAUCAAAAUCCCUGAAGUGCCCGUCAGGGUUUCUUACAAGGGCAGCAAAGAGAAGAACUUGGAGGAUGUAAGGGAUCUGCCCCUAGUGCUUCCUACUUUAGAGUAUCAUAACGUGACGUGGACAUGGCUGGACUUACUACUCGCUACUAAGAGUGAUACGAGGAGGGUGAUACUAUCGCAAGCUAUCCGCCAAAAACUCCAGCUGCACAGGAGAGCUGCGGCCGCGCCCGAACCUCACGAAGAGGACAAGGCGAGACUGCUGCUUGGAGAGAGAACUGUAGCAGAAAACAAACCACAAAAGAAAAGUACACCGAGUGUAUUCAAGUUCUCCAAGUCGUAG